UCGGCAGCUGCCAGCCUCAGAUGGACCCGGGGGAAACUCAUCGGCAAGGGCAGUCACGGUCGAGUGUAUGUUGCAUCUACGGUCCGCGGAGACAUUAUGGUAGUGAGACAGGUCGAGAUGCCCAUCGAUGGUGCGCAAGACGCAUCCCGCACUAGCGCGAUACAAGCAUUGAAACGGGAGCGCGAGUUUCUCGAGGAUUUGCAUCAUCCCAAUGUCAUACGCUAUCUCGGAAGUGAAGAGACCCCGACUAUGUUGAACAUAUUCCUGGAAUACGUCCCCGGAGGAUCUAUUGCCAGCCUCCUCCAGAAUUACGGGAUUUUUGAGGAGCCGCUCGUGAUGGGAUUCGCGAAACAAAUCCUCCGGGGCAUACAGUACCUUCAUUCAGUCUUGGUCAUACAUUGUAACUUGAAAGCUUCGAACAUCCUGGUAGACUCGACCGGAACAUGCAAGAUAUCGGAUUUCGCCUCCAGCAAGCGCUUCGGAGAUUUCCAAAGAGAAAGAACCGCGAGUUCUCUGCCGGAUUUUGCGAUAUUCUGGAUGGCACCCGAAGUGGUUCGAAGCGGCGGACGGGGUUAUAGCUAUGGCGCCGACAUUUGGUCCUUCGGGUGCACUGUGCUCGAGAUGUAUUCUGGUCGACCACCGUGGGACGGACUCGGGCAACACGAGGUCGAAGUGAAGUUGUCUGGCGGAGAGACUACUCCUCCUCUGCCCACUGGCAUCGGCCUGUCUCCUUCUGCGAGGGAUUUCCUGUUGACAUGUUUUGCUGCUACACCCCAAGAACGUGGAUCUGCAUCCGUGCUGCUGGAACAUGUAUAUUUAUCAUAG